AUGAACAGUGCAAUAGUGCUUGCCUGCGUCGCCAUUUUGGUGGCGAGCACCAGUGCAGCCAGUCUGCAGCCCGCUGCGAAGACAAUCAACAAUCAGCUCUACAGGCGUUAUGUGUGCGCUAACAAGCCUGAUGGAUUCCGUGUCCUCGUUCCGGGAAGUUGCUCCCAGUACUACGAGUGUCAGUCCGCAGUGGCCGUGGUGAACACCUGCUCCCGCUUCUUCGAUGCCAAGGUCCAGGGAUGUGUCAAUUAUAACACAGGCUGCAUUGAGGUUCAGUCUGCAUCCUCGAUGGCAGUUGCUGCAGAUUCUGCAUCGCCCUGUGCCGAGGCAACGACUACUACUUGUGCUUCCGUUGUAGAGACAACGACCACUUGUACACCAACACCAGCCGAGACGAUUACUACCACUUGUACUCCAACACCAGCCGAGACUACUACCACUUGUACAACAACAACCGCCACAACAACAACUGCUACAACAACAACCGCUACAACAACAACGUGCACUACCACGACCGCCACAACAACAACUGCUACAACAACAACCGCUACAACAACAACCGCUACAACAACAACGUGUACUACCACGACCGCCACAACAACAACUGCUACAACAACAACCGCUACAACAACAACGUGCACUACCACGACUGCCACAACAACAACUGCUACAACAACAACCGCUACAACAACAACUGCUACAACAACAACUGCUACAACAACAACCGCUACAACAACAACGUGCAAUACCACGACCGCCACAACAACAACUGCUACAACAACAACCGCUACAACAACAACGUGCACUACCACGACCGCCACAACAACAACCGCUACAACAACAACCGCUACAACAACAACCGCUACAACAACAACGUGCACUACCACGACCGCCACAACAACAACUGCUACAACAACAACCGCCACAACAACAACUGCUACAACAACAACUGCUACAACAACAACGUGCACUACCACGACCGCCACAACAACAACUGCUACAACAACAACCGCUACUACAACAACUGCUACAACAACAACUGCUACAACAACAACGUGCACUACCACGACCGCCACAACCACAACUGCUACAACAACAACCGCUACAACAACAACCGCUACAACAACAACUGCUACAACAACAACCGCUACAACAACAACGUGCACUACCACGACCGCCACAACAACAACUGCUACAACAACAACCGCUACAACAACAACCGCUACAACAACAACGUGCACUACCACGACCGCCACAACAACAACUGCUACAACAACAACCGCCACAACAACAACUGCUACAACAACAACCGCUACAACAACAACGUGCACUACCACGACCGCAACAACAACAACUGCUACAACAACAACCGCUACAACAACAACUGCUACAACAACAACCGCUACAACAACAACCGCUACAACAACAACGUGCACUACCACAACCGCCACAACAACAACCUGCACAACAACAACCGCUACAACAACAACGUGCACUACCACAACCGCCACAACAACAACAUGCACAACAACAACCGCUACAACAACAACCGCUACAACAACAACUGCUACAACAACAACCGCUACAACAACAACGUGCACUACCACGACCGCCACAACAACAACUGCUACAACAACAACCGCUACAACAACAACCGCUACAACAACAACGUGCACUACCACGACCGCCACAACAACAACUGCUACAACAACAACCGCUACAACAACAACGUGCACUACCACGACCGCCACAACAACAACUGCUACAACAACAACCGCUACAACAACAACGUGCACUACCACAACCGCCACAACAACAACUGCUACAACAACAACCGCUACAACAACAACGUGCACUACCACGACCGCCACAACAACAACGUGCACUACUACGACCGCCACAACAACAACUGCUACAACAACAACCGCUACAACAACAACCGCUACAACAACAACGUGCACUACCACAACCGCCACAACAACAACUGCUACAACAACAACUGCUACAACAACAACGUGCACUACCACGACCGCCACAACAACAACUGCUACAACAACAACCGCUACAACAACAACGUGCACUACCACGACCGCCACAACAACAACUGCUACAACAACAACCGCUACAACAACAACGUGCACUACCACGACCGCCACAACAACAACUGCUACAACAACAACUGCUACAACAACAACGUGCACCACCACGACCGCCACAACAACAACUGCUACAACAACAACCGCUACAACAACAACGUGCACUACCACAACCGCCACAACAACAACCUGCACAACAACAACCGCUACAACAACAACGUGCACUACCACAACCGCCACAACAACAACAUGCACAACAACAACCGCUACAACAACAACGUGCACUACCACAACCGCCACAACAACAACAUCUGAGACUACGACAACCUGCGCUCAAUCUCCGGAGACUACAACAACCUGUGCCCAAUCUCCAGAAACUACCACCACUUGUGUGGAAGUAACCACUGCCUGCAGCGGAAGCUCUGCCGCUAAGGCUCAAGUCUCCUCCAUGAAGGUGCGCCCUGCUAGACCUAUCCGACCGGUUAAAUUAACUCUGUUCGAGGCCGCACAGCUGGCUGCCCAGCAACCUCAGGAGCUGAGCAUCGCCACCUACACUAAGUAUGUGUGCCGCAAUAAGCCCAACGGCUUCAUGUUGGCUUCGCUGAAGAGCUGCUCCGACUACUACGUCUGCCGCUACGGAAAACCCCUGCAGGUGAGCUGCGGCGACAAGUACUUCAACGCGCUCAAGGGAAUCUGCGAUCUGCCCGAGAACACCCGAUGCGUGCAGCCCCAGGCCUAA